GGCGGGAUUUGUCUGGGGAGACACGGAGACCGAGUGGCAGCGAGUGUGGACACCUGAGCUGCCACUGCUGAAAACUGGCCCGCAAGACAAGUGUGUGGGCAUCGGGCCUCCUUCCUGCCGCCGUGCGCUCUGGCUGGGGUAGUCAGUAUGCAUUUCCAAGGCUUUGGACUAUGUUUGGGUCUUCUGUUCACCUCGCUCAAUGCAGAAUUUAUGGAUGACAGUGUUGAGGUGGAAGACUUCAGUGAACAUUCAGAAGAGGUUGAUGUUAAUGAAGGUGAACAUUCCUCAGAGAUUAAAUAUAAGACUCCACAGCCUAAAGGAGAAGUGUAUUUUACAGAAACCUUUGACAGUGGAAAGUUAGCUGGAUGGGUCUUAUCAAAAGCAAAAAAAGAUGAUGUGGAUGCAGAGAUUUCUAUAUAUGAUGGAAGAUGGGAAAUAGAAGAGUUGAAGGAAAACGGGGUACCUGGUGACAGAGGAUUGGUAUUGAAAUCUAGAGCAAAGCAUCAUGCCAUAUCUGCUGUGUUAGCAAAACCUUUUAUUUUUGCUGAUAAACCUUUGAUAGUUCAAUAUGAAGUAAAUUUUCAAGAUGGUAUUGAUUGUGGAGGUGCAUACAUUAAACUCCUAGCAGACACUGAUGAUUUGAUUCUGGAAAACUUUUACGAUAAAACAUCUUAUACCAUUAUGUUUGGACCAGAUAAAUGCGGAGAAGAUUAUAAACUUCAUUUUAUCUUCAGACAUAAACAUCCUAAAACUGGAGUUCUUGAAGAAAAACAUGCUAAACCUCCAGAUGUAGACCUUAAAAAGUUCUUUACAGACAGAAAGACUCAUCUUUAUACCCUGGUAAUGAAUCCAGACGACACAUUUGAAGUAUUGGUCGACCAAAUCGUUGUGAACAAAGGAAGCCUCCUAGAGGAUGUGGCUCCUCCUAUCAAUCCUCCCAGAGAAAUUGAUGACCCCAUGGACGUGAAACCCGAGGAAUGGGACGAGAGGGUGAAAAUCCCCGACCCUUCUGCCGUCAAGCCGGAAGACUGGGAUGAAAAUGAACCUGCUCAAAUAGAAGAUGUAAAUGUCGUUAAGCCUGACGGCUGGCUGGAUAAUGAGCCAAAAUUCAUCCCUGACCCUCAAGCCGUGAAACCUGAAGACUGGAAUGAAGACAUGGAUGGAGAAUGGGAGGCACCUCAUAUAGCUAACCCCGCAUGCCGGAUUGGGUGUGGUGAGUGGAAACCUCCCAUGAUAGACAACCCAAAAUACAAAGGGAUUUGGAGACCACCCAUGAUUGAUAACCCUGACUACCAGGGCAUCUGGAGUCCUCGAAAAAUUCCCAAUCCAGAUUAUUUUGAAGAUGUACAUCCAUUUCUUCUUACUUCUUUCCGUGCUAUUGGUUUAGAGCUUUGGUCUAUGACUUCUGAUAUCUACUUUGAUAAUUUUAUUAUCUGUUCGGAAAAGGAAAUAGCAGAUCGUUGGGCUGCAGAUGGCUGGGGAUUGAAAAUAAUGGUAGAGAAUGCAAAUGAGCCUACCGUAUUUAAACAGCUAAUAACAGCUGCCGAAGAGCGUCCCUGGCUUUGGAUCAUUUAUCUGGCAACAGUGGGGCUGCCAGCAGCAUUAAUUGCUUCAUUUUGUUGGCCAAGAAAAGUAAAGAAAAAAUAUGUAGAUGCAGAGUAUAAAAAAACCGACAUAUGCAAACCACAAACAAAGGGGGCGCUGGAGCAAGAAGUGAAGGAAGAAAAGGAAAAAGUAGCUCUGGAGAAACCAGCAGAUGUGGAAGAGGAAAAAAAGCAAAGCGACAGUGAAGUUCUUGAAAAGGAAGAUGAAGGUGAACCUGAGGAAAAGAGUGAAGAAGAAAUUGAAAUUGUAGAAGGGCAAGAAGAGGGUAAUAAAUCAAAUAAGUCUGGAUCAGAGGAUGAGAUGAAAGAAGCAGAUGAGGGCACAGGAUCUGGAGAUGGGCCCACAAAGUCAAUACGCAAAAGAAGAGUGCGGAAGGACUGAAAUACAUUCAAGUAUUCUUAAUGCCUGAGAGAGAGUUGGCAUGCUAAAAUUAGUGUGCCAGGACUGACCUUGAAUCAAUCUGCAUGUCCUGUUUCUAAAAAUCUAGCAAAGUUAUUCUUUCAGGUAUUUAUUUUAGUCUUUUCAGGGGGGAAAAGGCAUCUUUGAAGUUACCUGGUCUUUGAAUUUAACAUAAACGUGGCACAUUACAUAUCAGAUUUAAGAGAUUAUUAAUAACAUUAGAUGUUACAGUUUUAAUAGUUUGAAGAUAGUUUUGGUUCAUACAGAGCAAAAUUAUAUGUAGCAACUUCACUGCUAUGGGAAAAAUCAGUUAUUGGAAUUUCCACUCAAAUGGCUAUACAAGAAGAGAACUGGUAGUUUUAUAUCACAAAUAAGAGUGUGUUCUGUUGUACAGAGCUAAAGGCAAUAAAGUUUCUGUAUGGUUGUUUGAUUCCAUCAGCAAUUGAAAGUGUUGUGUGUGACCCACAUUUACCUAGUUUAAGCUUUCUGGUCAGUUGUUCACUUAAAUUAGAUUCCUUUAAAGAGGUGCUUUGUUGACAAACUUGUCAACAAAACAAAUGUCUGUGUGUCACUUAGAGAAUCACUGGAUAAUACUGCAGCAUAUUUUACAUUUAAAUACAAAGAUAAUAGGUUUAUCAAAACAAAAUGGUGUACAGAUUUUUUCAAGCUCUUAUAGUAAUUAUAUGUCAGAGUGUCUUAACCCAUUCACAAAAUUGCUUGUGUCUAUAUUGCUCUUGAAAAUAAAAUCUAAAUAUUUUUCUUCUUUAAA